GCAGAGGAGCAUUAAUAAAUCUAUAAGCCGAGGAGAGGAAACUCUGGCUGGGGCAGACCGCGGAGCUCCGGCAGUUCGUGGGGAACGGCGGCCGGAGCAGCACAACGGGCAAAAUAGAAUAGAGGCGACAACGGAAAGAAGCCCUUGGUCCUCUCCCGUAAACACACUCCCCUCCACCGCCACCUCCCCCUUGGCACUGUGCUGCCUGGCGCCCGAGGCCGAUCGGACUGCUAUGUAACUGCGAGGCUGCGGGAGGAAGGGGACCGGGGAGAAGAGGUUCAGCCGUGGGAGCCUCUAAGGGCCAAGUUUGCGGCCACUUCUGCCCGCGCCCUCCCUUAGCCCCCGCUCGCCCCUUCCUGCAGCCCCGCUGGCCCGGGCGUCCUUCGCCUCCUCGCGUGCCCAGCAGCCGCGGUUCCUGGCGACCAUGGUGACGGUGGAGGAGCUGCGGGAGAUGGACUGCAGCGUGCUCAAAAGGCUGAUGAACCGGGACGAGAACGGUGGCGGCGCGGGCGGCAGCGGCAGCGGCAGCCACGGCGCCCUGGGGCUGCUGAGCGGCGGCAAGUGCCUGCUGCUGGACUGCCGACCGUUCCUGGCGCACAGCGCCGGCUACAUCCGAGGCUCAGUCAACGUGCGCUGCAACACCAUCGUGCGGCGGCGGGCCAAGGGCUCGGUGAGCCUGGAGCAGAUCCUGCCCGCGGAGGAGGAGGUCCGCGCCCGCCUGCGCUCCGGCCUCUACUCAGCCGUCAUCGUCUACGACGAGCGCAGCCCGCGCGCUGAGAGCCUCCGCGAGGACAGCACCGUGUCACUGGUGGUGCAGGCGCUGCGACGCAACGCAGAGCGCACCGACAUCUGCCUGCUCAAAGGUGGCUAUGAGAGGUUUUCCUCCGAGUACCCGGAAUUCUGUUCCAAAACCAAGGCCCUGGCAGCCAUCCCACCUGCUGUGCCGCCAAGCACGGCCGAGUCCUUGGACCUGGGCUGCAGCUCCUGCGGCACCCCACUGCACGACCAGGGGGGUCCUGUGGAGAUCCUUCCCUUCCUCUACCUCGGCAGCGCCUAUCACGCAGCCCGGCGAGACAUGCUGGACGCCCUGGGGAUCACAGCCUUGUUGAAUGUCUCCUCUGACUGCCCGAACCACUUUGAAGGACACUAUCAGUACAAGUGCAUCCCGGUGGAGGACAACCACAAGGCCGACAUCAGCUCCUGGUUCAUGGAGGCCAUCGAGUACAUCGAUGCGGUGAAGGACUGCCGCGGGCGCGUGCUGGUGCACUGCCAGGCCGGCAUCUCGCGCUCGGCCACCAUCUGCCUGGCCUACCUGAUGAUGAAGAAGCGCGUGAGGCUCGAGGAGGCCUUCGAGUUCGUGAAGCAGCGGCGGAGCAUCAUCUCGCCCAACUUCAGCUUCAUGGGGCAGCUGCUGCAGUUCGAGUCGCAGGUGCUGGCCACGUCCUGCGCGGUGGAGGCCGCCAGCCCGUCGGGGCCGCUGCGCGAGCGGGGCAAGGCCACUCCCACCCCUACGUCGCAGUUCGUCUUCAGCUUCCCGGUCUCCGUCGGGGGGCACCCGGCGCCCAGCAGCCUGCCCUAUCUGCACAGCCCCAUCACCACCUCCCCCAGCUGUUAGAGCCUCUCGGAUCCUCCCUCCCCUACACCCUUCCGCUCUCAGCCCGGGGUUGGGUGGCGCCCUGUGCGGGCAGCAAGCAGGUCGGGACUGGCCCGCAGGGGGCGACAGAGCUCCUUCCAUCCAUCUCUCUUUGGCCAAGCGGGGGGCCAGCUAGAAUGGCAAUACGGACUUCGAAUACAUAUUUAACGCAAACAAACACAACACUCCAACUUAGAGCAAUAAUGUCUUCCUCAGCAGGCAGGGAAGACCUGGGUUUUGGUUUGUGCGUCAGUUUUACUUUUCAGAUAGGAAUUUCUUACCUCAUUUUUUUCAGCAGUAAGGCUUGAAGUUAGGAAACCCACAGAUCCUGGCAAAUGUGCCCACCCAGUUUUAUUGAGGGGGAGGGGAAGGGAGGGAGGGGAGGGAAAGGGACAAGAUAAAAACAAGUUUGCCAGAAGUGCCUGGUUCUGUGUGCUUGGUCCUUUUGUUGUUGUAGUUACAGGAUUUUUUUUUUUUUAAAGAAAUCUUUUAGGACAUGGUUUUCCUUUCUAAGUCACCACCAACAGGUGAAUAAUUAUGCUUAAUAAUAAAUAAAAGUAUUUAUUAAGAA